ACAUCUGCUCCACCUUAAAUAUUUCCGCCCUCGCGGGCCAUCGACACAUACAUACAGUACACGGUGAAACCGCGACAGGAACGCGCCGCGGCAGCAACGGCUCUGUCAAAUCAAAACCGGGGUUACGCGCAGCCACAGAAAUCCCUUAAAAAACUCACCGCUGAUUAUUUUUAAACCGACUUCUUUUUUUAAUCGUCUGUUUGUUAAUAUACUUUUAAAAAAGUCACAGAAACUACGCGCUCGCGCCACUGUCUGGAAUGAGGAACCGUCUGACAAAGUUAUUCGGUUUGUUUUAGCGGAAUACAACGUUUUUUGAGGCGUAAAUAAGGGACGUGAAGCGGCAGCAGAUGUUCUACUUCCAGCGUAUUUUGACGGCCAUAAGAGUGUCCUGAGGGGCUCCGUACCUCGCUCUUCAAUUCCCGAACAGAAGAGACUUCUUUUGAGUGGCUUGGGUUGACUUUUAUCGCCAUGCUGUCCGGCACCGCCAUGUACGCGGUGAAGAAACGGAAGAAGCCCGUCCAGAAAACGCCCAAGCCUCCGCCGCUCGAUGGCACCAAGUCCAACCCGUCCAAACGCCACCGCGACCGCCUCAACGGCGAGCUGGACAAGCUCACCUCCCUGCUGCCCUUCAGCGACGAGGUCCGGGCUCGGCUGGACAAGUUGUCGGUGCUGUGCCUGAGCGUGGGCUACCUGAAGGUCAAGAGCUUCUUCAACGCCGCCAUGAAGGCCGGUCAAAGCAGCUCCAGCUGGACCAGUGGGCGGAGCCUAACCUUUGGAGGCAGCGGCCAGGCCCCUCCCUCCACCGCCGUCUCCGUCGACGGCGUCAGCUUCUCCGAGGGAGACCUGCUGCUCCAGGCUCUCAAUGGCUUUGUGUUGGUGGUGACCGCCGAGGGCUACAUAUUCUACACAUCUCCAACCAUCCUGGACUUCCUGGGCUUCCAUCAGUCCGAUGUGGUACAUCAGAGCGUGUUCGAGCUGAUCCACACCGAAGAUCGAGCGCUCUUCAGGCGGCAGCUGCACUUCUCCCUCAACCCGAACACUGACGGCUCCAGCAGUCCCAGUGGGCAGAGCAGCGCAGACAUCAGCAGCAACAUCAUGGCCUACGACCCGCAGGUCAUCCCUCCUGAAAACUCUUCUUUCCUGGAGAGAAACUUCUGCUGCCGGUUCCGCUGCCUCCUCGACAACUCCUCUGGCUUCCUGGCCUUGAACUUCAACGGUCGCCUGAAGUUUCUCCAUGGACAGAACCGGGUGUCCGAAGACGGGAAGCUGGUUUCCCCACAGCUGGCUUUAUUCGCCAUCGCAACUCCGCUGCAGCAGCCGGCCAUCCUGGAGAUCCGCACCAAGACGCUCCUCUUCCAGACCAAACACAAGCUGGACUUCACCCCGCUGGGCAUCGAUGGCAGAGGAAAGGUGGUUCUGGGUUACAAUGAGCUGGAGAUCUGCAUGAAGGGAUCAGGCUACAACUUCAUCCAUGCCGCAGACAUGAUGCACUGCGCCGACAACCACCUAAAAAUGAUGAAAACCGGAGAGUCGGGCUUCACCUUCUUCAGGCUGCUGACCAAAAUGGGGAAGUGGGUGUGGGUCCAGUCCAACGCCCGGGUAGUGUUCAAAGGGGGGAAACCCGAAUUCAUCGUGGCGCGGCAGAGAGCUCUGACAAACGAAGAAGGGGAGGAGCAGCUCCGCCUCAGGCGCCUCCACCUGCCCUUCAACUUUGCCACCGGGGAGGCGGUGCUGUACGACACCAUGCCGGGCGUCGAGGUCCCCAACCCCUGCUCGCCCGCCAAGAAGAUGAAGGUGGACAGCGACUCCGUCAGCCCCCACUCCCUGUUGGGCUGCCUGCUGAAUCAGGACCAGGCGGCUUACAGGGACCAGAACACCAUCACCUCGCUGAGCGACCUGGCCUUCCAGGACUCGCACGCCACCUUCACCAUUCCCAGGGACGCCAGCGCCAAGCCGGCCGUCAGCAGCCCGCUGGUGAUGGACUCCACCACUGAGGACAUGCUGGAGACGCUGCAGCAGAUCUUGGGGGAGGCGGAGCUCAUGGAGGAGGUGGAGGUGGGGCCGGAGGAGCUGAAGAGCUGGGAGAGCACCCUGCUGAACUUCACCUCCUCCGAGAUCGGUGACAACCUCAACGAGGUCCUCUGCUGCGACGUCCUUUCCUACGUGGAGGAGCAGCUGCGGAAGGAGGGCGGGAACGCCGCCAUCGCCCAGCUCCAGAACCAGGGUCCUGGUCAGGAGCAGCAGAACUUCGGCUGGGCGUCGAUGACUUACAACCAGAUGACCUUCAAAGGAGGGGUGAUGAUGGAGGGACAAGCACCUGCAGGCCGAGGAGGCAUGAAGCUGAGCCACAUGGACUUCCCUCUGGAAGCUCCCUCUGGCUUUAACAGUCGGCAGAACACAAGCCCCGCCUCCCUACCAUGUGGAGGCGGCGCCUCAGUGACAUUUAACCCCUCCCAGACAGACUUGUACCCCCAAACUGAUGGCACCAGCUCCAAACAGGGGGCGUUCCCCCCAAAACUGUCUUCAUUUUGUCCGUUCGCUGGCAGCCGAUUCACUCAGACGCCACAUGAGGGCUUACCCGUCCAGAACCAGAGCACGGCGGGGCAGCUGCACUCGGCGCUCGGUUGUCACGGCAACCCGUGGAGUUCCACUUCGGGGACAAACAUUUCAAACCAGCCCGCUUUUUCUGCAGGCCGCUCGGCCCAGAACAGCCAGAACAGUCAGAACCACAGGCAGUCAUGGCUCCCGGGGGCGGACCCACAGUUGGCCGCCUCCCUCACCCGCAUGCCCCCCUCUCUAGUGAACACAGUGGACAUGAGUUUCAGGACUCCAGAGACUCUCCCUCAGCCUUUUCUCAUGCUGGUGAACGGCCCGCAUCCUGACGGAACCCGACCCAACAAGGCGUCGGCCAGCCCCACCCCCUCGAAGCCCUCCUGCCUGUAUCAAGCUCGUCCCGGAGGGGGGUCGGUGCCCCCGCCGAUGGUGAUGCAAAACCCCCACGAGGCGGUUCUGCCCUGCCAGAUGGAGGCUGGUCAUAACGUGAACGGCCUGAUGGGGGCGCCGCAGGAGCUGCUGGGCUUCAGUGAACUCGACCAGGUCUCCAGCUGUCCGGUUUUCAGUAACGGAGGUUUUCCGUUCCCCCUGCUGCCCAACGGGAACACCUGCUUUACCGAGAACAAGUAGGAAGCUCCGCUGAGUCAUGCUCAGCUCAGACUGAUAAAAAGGAAACGAAUGACUGUGAGCGGAAGUGGAGCAGACGGACAUAGCCAAAAGGACUUCCAAGGAGAAGUUUCAGCAAAAGCGUUUUGUCUGAAAGUUGGUCAGAGCUCAACCGGCACAAUGGAUGCUCGCUUGUUAGCACUUUUUAAACAGCAGUUUGACCGACCAAAGCAGCCUGUCUCGUUUUUUAAUUGCGACUUAAAGUUCCUGUUUGUGUGAACUUAGAAAAACCAAUCCUAACCAAAAACCUUCCUGUUGCAAGUUUCUGGAAGCUAACCAGCUAGACCAGAAGCUAAAGAAUUUGUCAAUGUAGCGUUUAAGGAAAUUGCUUUAGCAUCUUCACAUUUUGCGUAAAUGUGUAUUGAAAACAUUUAAAAAAAGAAAGCAUCAAAUUUUUGACUGAAGACGCCGCACCGCCUAACAACACUAACCCUGUUAGCUGAUAGCUUUUAUGCUAUCGUACAAAAGAAAAGAUAAGCUAAUUUAAUUGAAAUAAUGAUGAUCCGUGGGCUUAUUACUGCCCCCUGGUGGAGGGAAGAACCCAAAUAUCUUGAGUAAAAAAAAUACAAAAGAUUGAUUGUUGGUUCUUAACGUAACAAUUACUGCAGUUCACAAUCUGACCACCUGAUGGACCUUAAUGAGCUUCAUUGUUUAUCUUUUAUUUUUAACCAUUAGGGGCAGCAGGGAGUUCGAUCUACUACACGCUUGCCCCGGGGUUUUUCUUUGCACAGCGGAAAGUGACUAUAUUUAAUAAAUAAUUAAAAUUUUAUGGAUGAAUGGAAUUUUAUCCAAAAAAUAAACAUUUUUAUCCAAUUUUUGGUGAAAUAUAAAAUUUUAUUGAAAAAGAGCAACAACCCGACAAAGAAAAUAGAUGAAAAUAUGUCGUUAAAUAAAGAAUUUUGCAAAAGACUUAGAACCACCUAGUGGGCAUUGGUGGUAUUCUAUGUGAAGCACCUUUAAUUUUCAUAAACAGUGAUUGAAUCCGGAAAGACUGGUUUAUCGUUAGUUCUUUAUUUAAUAAUAAACGUAUAUAACAUAAGACUAAGUUAACUGCAGUUCAAAAUCUGACCACCGGUGGACCAGAGUCAGCUCUCGAUUUGCCACAGGCUAGCCUCCCAGUUUCUCUUUACGCAGCAGAAAAUGAGAAUAUUUAGGAAAGAAUAUAACAAAAAUAAAUAUUGUUUUAAGCGCCACCUAGUGACCAUUGGUGAUAUUUCAUGUGUAGCACUUCCGAUCGCUUUUUUUUUUUUUUUUUUUUGCGUAUUGGCUAACGCAUCCAUAAAUAAACGCAAAGACAGAAUAGGGCUUGCCGCUGUUCAUCCUCUGCUUAAAAUAAAUCUGGACAAGAACUCGGGCACCGCGGAACGCUAACUUCCGCUCUACUACGUUCUACUACGUUUUCGAAGGAUACAAUAUUUCAAUUGUUUUUAUUUCUGUUGUAGUUCAUUUCAAGACUUUACAAUCUCAGACGGGGAGAUUUAGCUUUUGCAGACAGGUUAGAAAUUUAAAAAAACCCAAAAGAAAAAAAAAACAACCUGACCUUAAAACGCACAAAAAAAAAGCAGAACUUUCUGACCGCUGCUUUUAUGUACUUUUGAAAAAUGUUCUGCGUGAGCUGCUUUCAUUUUCUUGUUGUUACUGUGAUGCCCGUUUUUUAUUGUUAUUAUUGUGACUAAACGCAGACGGUGCCUAGAACUGACGGAUCUUAAAAUGUGUGAAAAAGUUUGAAUGUCUUUUAGCCGAAUUUGCCAAAGCACUUAUUUGGAUACCAAAUAGUCAAAUUUAUAGAGAAGUUUUUUAAAGAAAAAGCAAAGCAAAGCCACUUAUUUAUAUUAGAGACAUAUUUUGAUUACAUUUAUCCUCCAAUUCUACUUCUAUCCCCCUUUUUUUGUAUCUAAAGGCACACCUAUAUAAAUUGGUUUGAGGCAGCUAUUGUGUAUAUAAAAAAACAAACAAAAAUAUAUAGCAAAUAACUUAUAAUCUGCUUGUUUUUAAUUGCCUGUAAAAUCUAAACUGUUUUUCUUCGCGGUGGAAAAAGUGCUGCAUGUUAUCAAGCUCAAAUACUUGAUCUAAAAAAGCAAAGAAAAAUGUUCACCAAAGCCAAGCGGGACUGUAGCUUUCCUAGGGAUACCAAAGGGACAACCGGCCUUCUGCUGUUUUUUGUCGUUUGAUUUCCUUUCAAUCAGCACCGAAUGGAACCGCACGUAUGCCUUAAUCACAGUUACCCUAACGGGUAGUAAUGGGAUGUAUGCGCCCGAUAAAUAGGACUUCAGGCGACAGGCUGUAGCGAACACUUAGGCCGAAUCUGAAUUCCUCCCCUACCUCUACGUCUUGUCCGUACCACUACAUUUAGCCCUCCAAGUGGAGAGAUAUGAAAAGAAUUCUACCCCUCAGUGAUGUUGUCAAUAGUCGUCUACGCGCUUCCUACGGGAACUUGGCAUCAUGUCCAGACCCCAGUCGUUGCGGCAUGUCCUUGUAGUCAGUAAGCAACGUGCACCUUGCAAACAACUAGAUUACGGUGUACGGACAUCGUACGACAGCAUCCCGUUAAGAUCCGCCUGCUCUUUUCUACGACCUUCUAUGGACCAGACAACUCAUAAACCUGCAGCACCUGUACAGGUCAACCAUUUGUGCAGCAUUUCUGUGUGGGCCAAUACUCAAAUCUUAAGAACGAUUAGAGCAGGGGUGGGCAAACUUUUUGACUCGUGGGCCUGGACCAGGAGCAGAUGCUUGAAGUUUUUUGGGAAUUUAUCUCAUAAGAGAAAGAAAUAACAGAAUCUGGACAAAAGAAUGCUUUCAUUUUGAUUGAAACUUAAUAGAUAUACUUUAAAACAGAACAUUUUGGAGUUUUUGUUUCCGAAGAGUGACUUUUCUUCUCAUUUUAGUGGCAAUUGUAACAAUAGGUUGAUGCCACUUAGGGAAAAAUAUGCUAUGUUCAUGGGGUGUUGGAAUGAUUGGGAAAAUGACUUUGCGACCUGGAAAACAGGCAUGAAUGUCAGAAAGCCAACAACUCUUUCUGCAUCUAAACAAUGGUCAAUGUAUUUAUAUUGCGCCAUUUAUGGCUAGACACAAAAAUUACCUGGAAAAUAAAAUGUUAAUAAGGAUCAUCCAUAUAACUCAUUACAGUUUGGCGGCCCUGAUUAAAUGGUUUUAAGGGCUGCAUAUGGGCCCCGAGCCGUAGUUUGCCCAUCCCUGGAUUAGAGGAUAGAGUAAGGACACCGUGCAACAGCAUUACACAUCAUUACGUCUGCGCAACUUACAUUAGCUUCAUGAUACACUUACCACAUGUAGGACAAUUCUACGUUCCAUCUUUAUGACAUAACUUGAGGUGGCCAAACGAUCCUCAAAGGAACUUCAAGACACGCCUUAGGAUGUGGUCUUUUUAGUUUAUAUUUUUCUUGGGCCUAGAGCACCCUUAUGGGUCAACCGUUUGUUGAGCAUUUUCGUGCAGUCAGUUAAGGGCCAGUACACGCACCAGACCGAUGAUUAGAGUGUGACGUAAGGACACCGUACGACGACCUUACCUUACUUUCGUGGCGUUCUUUGUGGUGGCCGUACGAGCCUCAAGAGGACCACAACAUACACAUUAGGAUGCAGAAAGUCUUGUCUAUGACCCUCCAUGGGCCCAGUCAAUCCAAAAACACCUGUACGGGUCAACCGUUUGCGCAGCAAUUGGUCGUGGUCAGAUAUCGGCCAGUGCGUGCACCUUACGAACAAUUAGUGGCCUUAUGACAGCAUUACCCUUCAGUACGACAUAAGUGUGUGAAUCUUACAUUUGUCUUACACAAACGUCACGAUACAUUGAUCAUGGGCACGACAAUUGUAUGUUCCAUUUUCAUGGCAUCCCUUGCGGUGGCCAAACAAGCCUUAAUGGAACUACAAGAUCGAUCCUACACUCCCCUUUGAAUUUGGCGCUCUUUUCUGCAACCCUCCAUGGGCCCGGACAGCUGCAUGUGACUAAGGCCUUACCUUAGCGGAGCUACUCCGUUCCGCAUGUUGAAAGUGCUCCAAAACAAUCGGUUCAAAUGAAUCAGUAAACAUUAGAAAACCCACUCAAAAGGUUAAAUGACUACCUGAAUGUAUCCUGAAGGCAUCAAAACUCAAAGUUUGAUGUACUUUAACCGAACUUGUAAAGUUUGAACCCACUGUAUGGAGCUAAACACGAAUUAAGUGCUUUUUUUUUAAGGGGUGAUCCUCUUUCUCAUCGAUUAAGUGCUCUUUUUUUUAAUUCUCCUUUCUGAAAAUUAGCAAUUUGAAAUGUUAAAAUGAAUGCUUUUAUUGUCCAAAACCAUGAGACCAAGUCUCUAAAAUGCAGUAUCUUUGUGUAACUAUACACACAACUAUAUGUCUGUAUUUGCUUUUUGCCACCAUCUGUGUAUAUAAAUAUAUAUAUAUUAUAUAUGUUGUAUUAACCGUAGUCACGCUUGUGUCUUUUUGUAAACUGUCUGCACAGUUUAAUCAUUGUUUUGAUGUAUUUUGAUUUUAUUUGAAGUCUUUUUUGUGGAUUCUUCUAUCCAAAAACAGAAAAAAUGCUUCUCUUCAUGUCUGUGUCUGUACCUGCUCACCGUAUUAAAGGUGGUCUGAUCACUGCA